AAAGCCCAUCGAUGAACUAAUAAUUGAAAACAAUUAUUUGCCAUCUCUACCAGGAAAGUUAUUUCAAAAUGUGAAAAUUCUUAGAUUGAUGAUUCGACAUAAUGGUUUAGAACGAGUCUCCGCUACAUGGCUGGAAUCUCAAGAGCCGCACUUAUUAGAAAUAUUUAUUGUAGAAAAUGAUCUUAAAAGUCUACCAUCAGAAAGUUUGAUGAAACUACAAAACCUACAAGCUUUAACAAUUCAAUCACAAAACUUAAAAAGAAUACCCACCUUGAUCAACAUGCAAAAACUACGAUAUGUUAGCGUACAAUCGGAAAGUUUAAGUAGUAUUAAUGAACAUAGUAUUGGGAACUUACCAAAUCUGGAAAAUUUAUUUAUUAAAGGAAGUUUAAAGUUAAAUACUAUAAAAGAAAAUGCUUUUUUUAAUAUGCCUACAUUGAGAAAGUUUGAAAUAACCGAUUGUGGUAUCAGAUCUAUCCACAUGCGAGCGCUUUCAUUACUUCCGCAUUUAAAUGAAUUAUCUUUAAGCAAUAAUAAGAUAUCAGAUGCAACUAUGAUUGGUAGAGCUACUAGAGACCUGCCAAUGUUGUCAAAGUUAAACCUCAAUCAUAAUUUGAUUACUAAAUUAAGUGAAGGGGCCUUUGUUAAUCAUCCUAUGUUAGAAACAUUGUAUUUGUCGAACAACAACAUCAAUGUCAUACAUCACGGAGCCUUCCACAGAGUACCCAAAUUGAAAGUAAUAGACUUAAAUUAUAACGAAAUAAUACGCAUACAUCCCGAAUCAUUUUUACAACAGUCUGGCAGUGGAGUUGAAGAGUUAUCCUUAAUUGGAAACAAAAUAAUGCACAUUUCUGAAUUUAGAUCCUUACUUGAUGCUUUGCCUCGACUUAGAUAUUUGGAUAUGAGUGAUAACUUAUUACAAGAAAUACCAAGAGGUGCUUUAAGAGGUCACCCUAGCCUAGAACGUUUACAUUUAAACAGAAACAACAUAAAGUUUAUCGAUGCAGAUUCAUUUACUGCCAUGCCCUCAUUACGAGAGCUGCAUUUAAGUAAUAAUUCUUUAAAUGAUAUGAAUGAGGGUCCGUUUUGGAACUUACCUGCUUUAAAAGGCUUAGACUUAUCAAACAAUUAUUUUCAUAGAUUACAACCUAAAUUAUUGUACAAUCUUCCAGCUUUGCGAAGAAUAGAUCUAAGCAACAAUCAAUUGACAAUAAUAGAUCCCAUUACUUUUAUGGAUACACCUUUACUAGAAUUCAUAAAUAUAUCUGGAAAUGCAUUGAUUUCUACGCAUCCUGCUACCUUCCGCAAUUUGCCAAAUUUAUAUGCAUUGGAUGCCAGUUCGAAUAGAUUAGUUGAAUUUCUGCCAGGACUACCGAGAGGCUUAGAAGAACUAUAUUUACGAAGAAACCAAAUAACUAAUUUACCACUGCCCCCGUCUCCGGAUUUUGAUUUGCCUUCAUUAAGAACUCUUGAUAUUUCAAAUAAUGGUAUUCAAAAAAUACCAUACGGAGGUAUGAGCACUUUACACAACUUGCGCAGACUUUAUAUAAAUAGAAAUGGACUAAGGCAAAUAGAAGCUAAUACUUUUAGUGACCUAGAACGGUUAGAAGUAUUGGAUUUAAGUAACAAUCAAAUUAUAAGUAUCCAUCCGAAAAGUUUUGACAAACUUACAUUCUUAAAACAAGUUAACUUACAUGGAAAUCAUGUAGAGAAUUUUGACUUCACUGCGAUACAAAAGAAUGUUGCACUAUUGGAAGUAGAUUUUAGCAAAAAUAAAUUAAAUCGCAUUAGUCCCAAUAUUAUAAACAGGGGUUUAGAUGUUCAAAUUUUUAAUAUUUCAUCAAACAAUCUUCACGAGUUACCAAAUUCUUUAAACAUACUAUCAAAAUUAAACAUAUUAGACGCAAGUAAUAACCAUAUCAAAAAUUUCGAUGGCGAUGUUAUCAACAAUAUACAAACUUUGGCAGAAAUUAAACUGUAUGGUAAUAAAAUUACCGAAAUACGCAGUGGAAGUUUUCGUGAUUUGAGAAAUUUGGAAACAAUCGACUUGGAAAAUAAUCAACUAGAAAUUAUUCAUUCAUUAGCUAUUUCGAAUCUUCCUAAAUUAGUUUCUAUUUACUUAAACAGAAACCAUAUUAUAGAUAUACCUGAUCGAGCCUUUUCCAAUCUUCCAAAACUACGAAUUAUUGAGAUGCAAAGCAAUAGAUUGCAAUUUAUAUCAAUAAGAGCCUUUGAAAAUUUACCGUUGGUACAGUAUCUAAAUUUAAGUAAUAAUCAAUUAAUUAAUUUAGACAAUUUAGGGAUUAAACGGCUUGUAUCAUUAGAAGUACUGGAUUUAAGUUUUAACAAAAUCACAAAAGUUACUAGAGAAUCGUUUCAAUACAUGGAAUGGCUUGUUGAACUUAAUUUAGACAGUAACCAUAUAUGUUAUAUCAGUAACCGUCCGUUUGAUAACAUGCCAAGACUAAAAAUUUUGUCAUUGCGAAAUAAUAGACUAACGUCGAUUUCGGAAGAUAAUUUCGCCAAGUUAAGGCACAAUAUCGCUAUUUUUGACGUCGAUGGUAAUCCAUUAAUCUGCAAUUGUGCAAUUAUUUGGUUGAAAUCAUGGUUGUCGGAAUCAUCUUCUCUCGGACCUAAAUGUGCUGAUGGUACAUAUGUUAAAGGAAUGCCGUUUUCGAAUAAAGAUUGUUCAAAUGCACCAUUAAGCAAUGAAGACUUGAAAUCAUGUGCAAUAUAUGACAAUGAAGCAUUAUUACCAAAUUUAGCAACAUCACAAAUUUUUUCAUCAUUAGACAAAAUAAAAGACUAUGAAACACAGAUUAAAAAUAACUAUCAAAAUAAUAAACUGAAUAAUCGUCCUUUACCUGAAGAAUCUGAAUAUUUUUAUGAUGAGUAUGUUGAUUAUCCUUACAAUGAAACAUUAUUAGAAAACAUGAACAAUUCUGUCACUCACACUACAAAACCUCAGCCACAUUUAGGUAAUACACCAACAAUUUAUGCUGCAAUGCCAAAUACAACUCACAAAAAAACUGGUAUUGCUUUAAAAGUUCCAGUCCCUAGCAGUGGUUUUACAUUUUUUGGUGUUCCACUACCUUCUAUAGACAUGAAAAAAAUCCUUAAUACUGGCCGCAAAAUUGAUUGGUCAGAAAAUAAAAAUAAUCAGCAACAUAUAAAAAAAUAUCAAGUAAUAGAACCUCCAAGAUUUGAAACAGGGGGAUUCUCACCAAUGCUUCCACAGACAUCAAAUGGUUUUAUUCCUAUGCCAGAUCCAACUAUUAGUACAAUAUAUACAACGGUAGCAGCAAAUGAGGGUACCUCUGGUAGUUACAAUACUGAUAAAGUCACACAAAAUGUUGUAACUUUAGAACAUAUACCACCAACAACAUUAAUCACAAACAGUACAACACACAAAAAACUUAAAAGUGAGAUUCAUGAACUAGAAGCAUUUCAUGGUGAUGAUAAUAGUACCCAUAUAACAUACAACAGGACAAAAAAUAUAGAAGAACAGAACACAGACCCUCUUAAUGUAAGUAAAUACAAUCUAAUGGAGUCCAAUAUAACUAUUGCCCAAGCAACAGAAAAAGAAGGUAUUAUUACCACAGAUACAAAUAAUUACAUGUCUAUGCAAGGAUGGCUUGAAUCUAGUAGUGUAACACCACCUCCACUUCUUACAACAAAGAUAAAUAAACCACUUAUAGAGACCCAACCUACUGCUCUAUCGGCAAUUCUUUUACCAAGCAAUGAUGACAUAACAAAGAACUACAAUAGAACAGCAACUGUUACAAAGGUAAACUUACCACAUGCUGAGCAUUAUGAUCUAAGGUAUAAUUAUUCCCCCGUUAUUAAUCGAGAGGCAAAAACAAGGUUUUCGGAAGAUCUUAUAAAUUCAAACAACAACAAGCCAAGACAAGUGGAUAACAAUGAUUGGUAUUAUAAAAAUUACAAUAAAUCUAAUUUAGAGGCUUAUGUGGAUCCAGAAAUACAAACUUCAUCUGGUUCUUAUAUAAAUGCAAAUAAUCUAAAGUAUAUAGCAUUGUUAGGUUUAAUUGUAAUAAUAUGAACAUUAAAAUCUUAAGAUAAUGGUUAUGAAAAUAAAUAUUUAAAAAUUAA